AUGGCCCCCAGAGUAGAGUCCUCGAGGGACUCGAAGACUCCCAUUCAAACUUCUUCCCGCCAACGGACGAGGCACGUUUCCAGUGGGGGUUGCCGCAAAGGACGUCAACGUCUGGCGGCUCAGCUCUGCAAACCCCAACGGGCACGGGAAGAGAUGCUCAACCAUCUCCACUUGCUGCGCGGGCAGAGCCGUCAACCGUCAGCCGCACUGGGCUCCCUUGUUCUCUCCCCGGUCUCUUUCUUUGUCUUUCCCCAGCUCCUUCCCUGCGCUCCCCUUGCGGAAUCUCGAGCGAGAUACGAAGUAUCGCAGGCCUAUCCCGGCUGCAGUAUCCACAGCAGAGCGGCAAUGGCGUUGAUGAGCCUCAACGAUGGCGGAAUGCCCCCUCCCCUAUCGCGGGUCGUGUCAGGACACACCUCCCCCGUUGGCGGUGUCGAGAUGAUCCACAGCCAAGAGAUGAUCUCCAGGGUCCAGCGUCUUGGCCCAUUUUCGCCUCUUUCCCCCUUUGUUUAUGCCCACAGCACGCUAGCUUCCUCAUCAUUCGAGCCCGCCUUGCUGAAUUCCGUUUCGUCAGCUGCCCAGCUCCCCUCAAUCUGGCGCGCCGGAGGCUGCCCCGAGUUGUGCUCCGCGGAUCUUGCGGGCCCGCCGGCUGUGACGUUGCAGGCUCCUCCCAGCAGUCAGACUUGCUCCGACGCGGAGGACCUCACGGACUCCGAGGACGUCCCGCUGUUUUGGCUUGGCUUCGCUCUUUUCUGUCUUCCGACUCUACUCUCGAUAGUGAGGGAAGAGACCCAAACGGCGGCCUAA